CUUAGGACAAAUAAAGGAAGUUCAGACGCAGAGCAGAGUGGUCAGCAAAUUAUUUUGGCGCUCAAGCCCCAGGUGUUUUUUUUUUUUUUUACCUUAGCAAUGCCAUUGCUCAAAAUACAUCUCUUCUCUAUUAAAUGUGUGUUACCUCUAUAGAAAUCAUCCUCUUCUUCCUCAUUUUGAAAAGUAGUCUCUCGAAUUGUGUUCUUCCUGUAUAUCCGCCCUCCGAUGUUAAUCAAGGUAGGAUGUAAUACUUCCAUAUUCAGCAAUCUCUACAAUAAUUUAACAUAUUAGAAUCCAGGUACAUAAUAAAUAGAAUCAGACAUACCCUAUCUAAUUAGAUCAAAGACCAACCGUAUUAAAAACAUGUUGUAAGUGGGAUCAGUUUAUCUAAUAAGGAAUAUAUCUCAGAGGCUAAAUUCAGAGAAUACUCACCGUUAUCAAGCUCCUAUGGGAGGAAUCCUUUAAUGCGUGUUUGACUUUUAUGUCAACCCAGGACUCCUGGGAGGACCCCCCAUAUUUGACCAAGAGAAACCCACCACGUUUAGCUCCCAAGUUGGGUCUUAGGAAAGAACAGAGAAUACAUAAGGUGAUAAUUAUCCUUUUAAUCUGUGACUUGACUUGUCUUGCUGCUAAUUGAAUGAGUAGAGAGUUUUUAAAUGAAUGUCUAAGCACUAUAAUCAUUAGAGUACACUUAGUGGUUAUGGUGCCAGGAGUCCCCUGGCACUGUCCCAUUGUAAGAACUCCUAGUGUUUUCAUAGUUUUUACGAUUUUACUGGGUCCACCAGGCAUUUUCAAUCAAUCUGAUCGACACACAAAAAAGGUGGAGUUUUGUUAAAAAUAUAACCCAUAAUCUUAACAUGAUUAGUUGCUCAGCCUCUCAGCAGCAUCUACAUUUAUUAAAGGAACAAAGUAGCAUUAGGAAUGUAUACCUGUAUUCCUAACGCUGUAGUGUCCCUGUCACACCUCCCAGGGCACUACUGAACUCUCUACCCUUCUCCUCCCCGCCUCCUCCAUGUGACAUUAUUGAGAAGGUAUGGUUUUCUCCUGCUAUGCGGUUUAUCGUUGGCUCCUAUGGACCAGCGAGCUCUUGUUUUCAUGAUCUCAUUAAAUGACAAAAGAUUUCUGAAUAAGAACCUCAGUGAUCACCCAGUGUAAAUAAAAGAGCCAUUUGUGCAAUUAUGAAAAUACAUGCACUGUGUGUGGCAAACUGUAAUGAAGGACAUCAGCUGGUAACGGAGUACCUAUUGUUUUACAAAACACAGUCUGAGUAAACUCUGAAAUGAUAGUGGACCACGCAACAACAAUGACUGAUGGUCACCGUCCACAUCACUUUUAUAAGACUCUUCCAAGUACUUCCUUAUUUGCCCAGAUGAGCACACAAUGUGGUUAAAUAACAAUAGACCACCACACAAUUUAAGGUCGUUCUACAGACAAAAUGAAUUGUGUAAUACUAGUGCAGUGGUUCUUUUGUUGUUAGGUAAACAAAUUAAAUUCAGUUAGGCAUUUAGCUCACUGACCAUUCUUCAAAUGUUUUUGAAUAGCAGCUACAUUUUUAUCAAACCGCUUCCAAAAUAAAGGGUCGGGGGGAGCAUGGGAUGGCAACGAUGAACUGUCAGUGCACUAGAACACUUACACUAUUAUCCAAUUUUAGCUAUGAAAUAAAAAAAAAAACCUCUCAGAAAAAAACCCUAUAAUAGUUAUGGUACAAAAAAUAAAGGACCCUUUUGACACCAAAGAUGCAAUAAUGCAUAGUAAUAAAAAUUGGUAAUUGUUUGUUUAGUAUCCUAGGUUGCCAAAUCUAUUAUUGCAGGAGGUUUAGGACUUUUGCCUUCACUCUGGCAAGUUGAGAAAGAACAACCUGGUAGCGUGUGGUAUUCAAUAGCUCCAAGGGAGAAAUCAGCUAAUCAUGGCUGAAAAUCAUACAAGAAACAGUCAUAAUUAAUAAAUUGGUUUCAUUUUAGAAGAUCAUUAACUCUCUACAUGCAGCUGGAUACUUCCUCAAAGUUUAGGGCUGUGGAGCUAAAUCUAAGAGGCUAACAAUUGCUAGAACACCUGCCUUGAGAAGUCUGUGUUUGGGUAUCCACAGGGAAGGAGGAGAGGGAUUCCAGUCGCCACAGAUACUAGAUCUGCAGCUUUUGUAAGCCAAGAUUUCAUAUAACUCCAAGGUCAACAUGCAAACAAACCACGUGCACAUUUUAUAUGUGAUUAUACAUACUACAUUCUAUUCCUAAAAAAAAUACACUAAGGCGUUAAUAAUGCACUUUGCGUGUGAUCAAAAUGCUUCUCGUUGAGAAGCAUUGAAACAAAUGCUUCGCUAUGAGUUGUAUUUGAUGACCCACUCAUUGUAGAUGAAGCGCCUCUAGUGACUGUCAGAAGACAAUCACUAGAGGUUUGUGCAACCUAGCAAUGUAAGCAUUGCAUUUUAUACAAAGCUGGCGAUAUUUUACACUGGAAGUGUGAGACGUGGGCAAGGACUAGCGCUUAUGAGUAAAUAUUCAGUGUACAGACAUAUGUUGGAUCUUUAUAUACAGUGAGCAGCUGAACAUUCAUGUGACUCCUUACAAUAUAACCAACAGAACUUACAAACAAUAAAAAAAGAAUGUAGCGCUUAUAUAAUGAAUGAAUGAUCACCUUUUAGUUUAAUUUAGGAAGGAGUUCCCACUUUUAUCAUCAAUUGUGUGGAUAUCUAUAAAAGACAAUGGAAUAUAGUGUUGAUUAUAUAGGAUUAAACGGUAUAAAAAUCUAAGGUGUAUGCACACUCACAAACAGAGAGCUGUGGACCCAGCUCUGGUAUAAAUCGAUUCUGGAUCCGUAUAGGCGACCCACCCCUACUCCAGACGUGUAUCUUGUCCUGGAGAGAAACAAAUGGGCAAACGAUUGCGCAGUAUGGUCUAAAAUUAUAGAAUAAAGGACAAAAUUCCCAAGUGGGUACUUACAAACAGAGAGUCUCAAAUGACUAUAUGUGUAGGCGUUGUGCAGUUUAGGGACUGCACUCCCGUGUUGAAAUUGAUGAGAUAGGGAACGAGGAUGAAGUAUCUCAAAUAAAAUAAAAUGUAUUAAUACAAUAUAAAAUAAAAAUGGCUCAAUGUCCAAUAAAAAACGGGAUGCGUUUCGCCACUGCAACGUGGCUUCUUCAACCGGAUUAGAAAGUAGAAUGGUUACAGGUUCACUGUCUCUGAUUUAAAUACCGUUGAAAUUGGCAAUUAGGACACCGGUGCAUGUGUACCGUUCACCCAUUUGUUUCUCUCCAGGACAAGAUACACAUCUGGAUUAGGGGUGGGUCGUCUAUACGGACCCAGAUGCGAUUUAUACCAGAGCUGGGUCCACAGUUCUCUGUUUGUGAGUGUGCAUACACCUUAGAUUUUUAUACCGUUUAAUCCUAUAUAAUCUACACUAUAUUCGAUUGUCUUUUAUAGAUAUCCACACAAUUGAUGAUAAAAGUGGGAACUCCUUCCUAAAUUAAACUAAAGGGUGAUCAUUUAUUCAUUAUAUUAGCACUACAUUCUUUUUUAUUGUUUGAAUAUUUUACACUGCAUGGUUAAAAUUACAGGGCCACUGCAACCAGACUGAUUGAUUGAUAUGACAUGGUCUUGGUGGUUUUGGUUGUCCUUUAAUUAUUAUACUUUGAUAGCUUUGUCACAUGUAAUGAAGCGGUGGCGUUGUGCAGGUAAUUACCUGUCCUGUCUCUCACGGUCGCCAACAUAGUGUUUCUGCUGACCUCUUUCAGCACAUGGCCCUACUAUCUGCCAGGAGUCGACAUCAGUACUGUACUUUUCAUAUGCACAAAACUCUCUAUGGGAGAUCCUCCACAGACAAAGCCAUGUUCCCCUUUACUGUCACUAUUGACAGCUGAGGGCUUGACAGCACUAGCUCUGCCUUUUUGUCGAGAGCAUGAAAAAUACAGAAAACAAAGUACUCCCUACUUUGUCUUAUAUCGUUUGACAGCAUUGAAAUUUCAGUGAAAUUCCAGCAGUCUUUAUGAUCAUUUCCCAAAGAUUAUAUCAAAUACUCAAUACAAAUUGAAAAGUAACUUAAAGGACCACUCUAGGCACCCAGACCACUUCAGCUUAAUGAAGUGGUCUGGGUGCCAGGUCCAGCUAGGGUUAACCCAUUUUUUCAUAAACAUAGCAGUUUCAGAGAAACUGCUAUGUUUAUUAAUGGGUUAAGCCUUCCCCCUAAUCCUCUAGUGGCUGUCUCAUUGACAGCCACUAGAGGCGCUUGCGUGCUUCUCACUGUGAUUUUCACAGUGAGAGCACGCAAGCGUCCAUAGGAAAGCAUUGUAAAUGCUUUCCUAUGCGACCGGCUGAAUGCGCGCGCAGCUCUUGCCGCGCGUGCGCAUUCAGCCGACGGGGAGGAUCGGAGGAGGAGAGCUCUCCGCCCAGCGCUGGAAAAGGUAAGUUUAACCCCUUUCCCCUUUCCAGAGCCGGGCGGGAGGGGGACCCUGAGGGUGGGGGCACCCUCAGGGCACUAUAGUGCCAGGAAAACGAGUAUGUUUUCCUGGCACUAUAGUGGUCCUUUAAGUGAUACUGCUGUGCCUGGAAUACAAAGCUGUAUUUCUGGUACUAUCACUCCCCCCUCGCACCCCUACCCCACCCAGUAAAUGAACUAAAAACCCUUCUUUUACUUACCUGAUCCCAGCACCCUCCUCCAUCCCGCAACAAGCAGGGUCUAAUACGCAUGUGCGGCAAAUACUGUGCACGCUAGACCUCCCAAUAGGAAAGCAUUGAAUCAAUACUUUCCUAUAGGGAAAAAUCUGACGCUGGCUGAUGCAGAGCGUGAGGACGUCCAACAUCAGAUACCACACCAAAGGUCCGUUUCAAUUCAGGAAGCCCUCUACUGGCUGUCUGGUAGACAGCCACUGGAGGCAGACUUAGAGAUGCAAUUUAACAUUGCAGCACUAAGGGCAAGGCGGACACAGCACCCAGACCACUUCAAUGAGCUGAAGUGAUCUGGGUGCCUAUAGUGUCCCUUUAGCUACCUAUAUUAUCAAUGUGUUUAGCAAGCAGGUGUGAAGUAGUAGUUAUACCUUUCAGUGAUAACCACUACUAUCCUAUUAUAUUAUAUUAUUAAAUAUUAGGGGAAGAGAAGCUCACCAUUCCAAUAAUGAUAAAUAAUAUAUAACUGUGAUCUAGCACCUCUACAAAAUCACUUCUCACUACAGUGUUUCUUACCAGUCUGUCAUACACCUAUAAUGUGAGGUCCAAGAAGCAGCUAUUCCUGUAAACUCAGUCUCAGCCAACUCAACAUUAAAACCAAGCCCCGCCCCCAAAAACUCCACUUGGCAGACAUUUUUGUUUUGGGCAAAAACCAUCCAUUAGAGGCCCCGACAAUCACUGUCAGCAGUAAUUACAAUGAAAUAAUACUGCUUUAUUUUAUGCUUCUUAAAUAGUAAAAAUAAGACUUCUGUCUUAAAAUGCCCAGCUUGCGUUAACUAUUCCUUUAGAAACCUAGACAUCUUUAAAGUGGGCACUGGCUAUGCAGCAGCCUGGUCUGUCCUCAUCCAAUAUGGCGGCAGUAUGCGACGCAUGGAAUGACCAUUCCGUUAAACGUCUCCCCUUCGAGCGUCAAACACUAGAGAUAACUAUCUCAUACCUUUUUAUUUUUAUGCGAACUUUUGCUUGUAACGAGUAUUGUUAAACAAAAUAUGUUUCCAUUGCUUGAUGUAAUAGAAAUUCUUUCGAGUUAUAUGAAGGCGGUUAUAAGAGUGCGGUAACAUUGAGUUGGCCGUCUCUGGUGUUUAUAGCUCUGGUGUUUGCGACGUGCCGUAGAUCGCGGCAGUCUGUGUUGUUAGAGCAGGGCAGCUGGGACAGGUGAGUGGUUCUUACACACACAGUCACGUGGGAUAUGUGUACUUACCUGUCAGGGUGUGUAGGUGCUCGCUGUCACUGGGUGAUAUGGGCAGAGGAAGGUCUCCAGUCCAAGAAGAUCAGCUUUAACACACUGACAUUACUGUUACUGAUUUAUAUGGAGGGGGUAGAAAACAAAACCCUAAUUUAAUGCAAUAGCCAACUGUGCCACAGAAUGUGAACUAGUUCUCCUGAGAUAAACUGCUUGGAUACCUUUUAGACCAGGGGUCCUCAAACUACGGCCCCCCAGAUGUUGCUGAACUACAACUCCCAUGAUUCUUUGAAUUACAUAGAUAGCCAGAGAAUCAUGGGAGUUUUAGUUCAGCAACAUCUGGGGGGCCGGAGUUUGAGGACCCCUGUUUUAGACACUUAUUCUGGUGAACCUGAGCUUCGUUUGUCAAUUUUUCAAGCUGUUACUUCCUUGAUUUUUAACACAGUCAAAUACCUACAUUAGGGAUCCACGGUAUAAAUUUUUAAGGGCCAGUACCGAUUAUCGGUGGCCUCUUGGGUUGAUAAACGAUAACUGGUACCGAUAUUAUUACCCGCUUCUGCCAUUUUUUUUUUAAAUUUUUUUUUUUUUACCUGUGGCCAGGGAAUCAUUACAUUCCCUGGUGGUUUUGUGCAGGCUGCCAGGGAGUUAUAUGUUGUGGAGGGAGUGGCCGGGACCCAGCACACGCUAUCUUCUGUUUCUGGAAGGUCCUCUCUCCAACACAGCUGCGCGGAGCGUUGCCAUGGUUAUUCGGAGGCUGGAGAGAGCAGCUGAAGAUGGCGUGCUUUGUACCUACGCCAAGUAUCCAGUAUCGAUAUCAUUAUAGGCUGUUAACAAUAUUUAACAUAAUGGGAAUAUUGGCCGAUAUCGGCCAGACUGAUCAUCUGUCGAUCCCUAAUCUGUAUUGUACUAGUCGUUUUUUGGGGGGGGUUUGUAUUUGUUUCUUUUUACAAUUUUUAAACUGUUUUAUUUUAAAGGACCACUAUAGUGCCAGGAAAACAUACUCCCGCCCGGCUCUGGAAAGGGGAAAAGGGGUUAAACUUACCUUUUUCCAGCGCUGGGCGGAGAGCUCUCCUCCUCCGAUCCUCCUUCUCUCCUCCCCGUCGGCUGAAUGCGCACGCGCGGCAAGAGCUGCGCAUUCAGCCGGUCACAUAGGAAAGCAUUCGUAAUGCUUUCCUAUGGACGCUGACGUGCUCUCACUGUGGAAAUCACAGUGAGAAGCACGCAAGCGCCUCUAGUGGCUGUCAACGAGACAGCCGCUAGAGGAAAUAGGGGAAGGCUUAACCCAUUCAUAAACAUAGCAGUUUCUCUGAAACUGCUAUGUUUAUGAAAAAAUGGGUUAACCCUAGCUGGACCUGGCACCCAGACCACUUCAUUAAGCUGAAGUGGUCUGGGUGCCUAGAGUGGUCCUUUAACUGAAAUGCUUUGCUGGUCAAAGCUUACAAAUUAAUUAAAGGAAGACUCCAAGCUACGACAUAACUAAUACAGCGUGGCCUAACCUCCCCUACAGUGUAAGCAGUCAAAUAGUUGUGGUUUUACUUUUUAUGUGAGAUCUGGCAGGCACCACUACUUGCAAUGAAGAGCUAGAAUCUCUCUAUUUGAGCUAGGCCCAGCAGUGCGGGGCUUACCUCAGUGGUGGAGAGUGAUCAACAGAGACUAUCAGCCAGUGAGCUUCUGGCUCUCCUUAGGAAGUAGUGGAAGUGGGGAGCAGCACCGGGGAUGGCCCCAGGUAAGAAGUCAAUCUUCUCUAAACAAGUUUGACUACUUACAAUAAGGAGGUGCCAGGGCACUCCUUGCACAAUAAUUAUAGUGAAUGGAGUGUUCCUUUAAUUCAAGCUUUCCCAAACUCCAGCCCUCCAGAUGUUACUGUACAACUCAGCCUAUCUAUGUCAUUCAUAGUCAUGGGAGUUGUAGUUCAGCAACAUCUGGAGGGCCGGAGUUUGGGGAAGCCUGCUUUAACUCAUGCAGUGCUGUACGUCUGGCGCUGAUGGAGAACAUCCCACGUGCACAUGCAUUUGUAAUAAAUUUGUCCAUUGAUCAGGUAUAAUGGGGCAGUAAAGCCUCUCAAAAUGUUGAAAUGCAGCAUUGGUAAAUAUGUUCUGUUUUCUUUCCUCCGCGGUUUUAUUCAGUGCAGUUAAUGCGGCAUUAGCGGUUACUGGUAUGUAUGAACAAUGAACUGUCACUUUUCUUAAAACUGAGAAAAUAAAACCAGAAAUUUGAUAGGUUUUGCUAAGCAUAAAAGACCCAGAAUCAAGUGAAUUGUUAACACCCACGGAUCUGAUCUGCUCCCCAUCUUUCUUAUACAGAAUGGAGUAUAGAGGAGAGAAUAUGGAAGAGCCUGCUGUAUUAGUUAUGAUGACUGGAGUACCUUGGCCUGGUUCCCCAGUAAUACUGUUACUUUAGAUCCUGGUUUCCAUUCAGCGCCGGUCAACUGUUUCUGCAGAAGCCUUAAGCCAAUCCUGUCACCAUUCAUUGACUGAGAAUGUCAGCUGAUUGCUCUCAACCAAUGAUUGCAAUUGUGUGCAUGACAAGUUGCACAGAAUUGACAUGAGCCAUCCUGGAACUCUCCAGGCACCACAACCACUUCAAAUCACUGAACAGGUCAUGGGGCUUGGAGUAAUCCUUUAAAUGUGAAAUUAUUAAUAAGCAAUGCAGAAUAUGUUUAGUGCUAUAUAAAUGAUGAUAAAAAUAAUUGAUCUCUUCAAGCACCACUACUCAGCCACCUGGUACAAACACCAGAAACCACAACAACCUAAUACCCAUUCCAUGUAAUUCUCACUAUAAUUCCUCUUUUAAAGCUGCCCUCUGGAAUGCACGCUCUGUGUGUAGCACUUUUAAAUCUACUUCCAUCCAUGACCUAUUUAUCUCACACUCCCUAAACCUACUUGCACUAACAGAAACAUGGCCCUCUCCCUCUGAUACUGCUACACCUGCCUCACUGUCUUUUGGCCGUCUUCACUUUACCCACAAUCCAAGACAAACAGAGAUUAAAGGUGGCGGUGUAGGUUUUCUUCUCUCACCCCACUGCUCCUUUAAAACCCUGUCCACCCUCCCUUCCCUCUCUUUCCCAUCAUUUGAAAUUCAUUCAAUUCGCCUUUUCAAACCCUUCUCUGCUAACAUUGCCUUAAUCUAUCGUCCCCCUGGUUCCCCUCUCCUCUUCCUUGACCACUUUGCUGCCUGGCUACCCUACUUCCUCUCUUCCAACAUCCCAUCCCUAAUUCUUGGAGACUUCAAUAUUCCCGUUAACCCACCUUUAACCCCAGCAGCCUCUAAACUUCUUUCAAUCACUUCCUCCCUUGGACUUCUGCAGUGGGCUAAUUCUCCCACUCAUGUAGCUGGCAAUACCCUCGACCUUAUUUUCUCUUAUUCAUGUACAGUAUCUAAUAUCUGCAACACUCCAUUUCCUCUCUCUGAUCACCACCUCUUAUCGUUUGCUCUCAAUUACCCCCUCACCUAACAAUCUCAGCCUAACCCCCCUCAGCUCAGGAGGAACCUUAACUCUAUUGACCUCCAGCAGCUGUCAGCUGACAUUGAUUCACAACUGCUAUCCAUCCCUUCCCUCUCCUGUCCCUCACUGGCUGUCUCCACAUACAACACUACCCUCACAUCUGCCUUGAACGCUGCAGCCCCUCUCCAAACAUGCACCUCGAGGAGGACACGUCCCCAACCUUGGCAUAAUAAAUCAACACGCUAUCUGCAGAGUUGCUCCCGUUGUGCUGAACGCUCCAGGAGGAAUCCCGCACCCAGGCAGACUUUCUCCAUUAUAGAUUCAUGUUGCUUUCAUACAGCGCAGCGCUCGCCCUCGCCAAACAGUCAUACUUUUCCUCUCUCAUUAGUUCAUGCUCCCGCAAUCCCAGACGUCUCUUUGACAUCUUUAAUUCCCUUCUCCGCCCUGCUGUGGCCACCCCCCAAACUAACCUUACAGCUGAUAGCUUUGCAUGCUACUUUACCGACAAGAUUGAACAGCUAAGGAAACAAUUCUCCCCUCCUUGCCGUUCUCUUUCUCAACCACAUGUAAAUCUUGCUUUCCCUACCCUCCAGACUUUCUACCCGGCUACUGAACAAGAGGUGGCUGCGCUUCUCCAUUCCUCUCGCCCCACCACUUGCCCGCUCGAUCCUGUCCCAUCUCACCUCAUCAGAUCUCUCUCCCCUUGUCUUGUGCCUACCCUAACACACAUCUUUAACUGCUCUCUCUCUUCUGGCACUGUUCCUGCUGACCUUAAACAUGCCACUGUAAUAGCUAUCCUGAAAAAAACAUCUCUUGACCCAUCCUCCCCUUCUAACUAUCGUCCCAUAUCCCUGCUCCCUUUCUCAUCAAAGCUUUUGGAAAGACUUGUCUUUACCCGUGUGUCUCGCUUCCUUAAUUCCAACUCUCUCCUUGACCCUCUUCAGUCUGGCUUCCGCCCUCUCCACUCUACUGAGACUGCUCUUAUCAAAGUGACUAAUGACCUAAUGUCUGCUAAAUCCAAAGGUCACUACUCCAUAUUAAUUCUCCUUGACCUCUCUGUUGCCUUUGACACCGUUGAUCAUGCUCUCCUCCUUCAAACUCUUCAAUCGCUCGGUCUCUGUGACUUUGUCCUCUCUUGGUUUUCCUCCUAUCUCUCCCAACGCUCAUUCAGUGUCUCCUUUUCCAAGGAUACCUCCUCCCCUCGUCCUGUAUCAGUUGGAGUUCCCCAAGGGUCUGUCCUUGGUCCCCUCCUAUUUUCUCUUUAUACUGCCUCUCUAGGUAAACUUAUUGCCUCUUUUGGAUUCCACUACCACCUGUACGCUGAUGACACUAAGAUAUACCUCUCCUCCCCGGACCUCUCCCCUGCCGUCCUGCAACGUGUCACUGCUUGCCUUUCUUCCAUCUCUGACUGGAUGUCCUCACGCUUUCUGAAACUUAACCUCUCUAAAACUGAACUCCUUGUCUUUCCUCCUCCUAAUACUGAUCCUCCUCUCUCGCUCUCCCUUCAUCUCAGUGAUAUCCACAUAAGUCCAUCCCUGCAAGCGCGCUGUCUUGGCGUCAUACUUGACUUUGGUCUCACCUUUGAGCCUCACAUCCAGUUUGUUGCCAAGUCCUGUAGGUUCCAACUCAAAAACAUAGCCCGCAUUCGCCCCUUUCUUACGCAAGAUGCUACCAAGGAGCUUGUCCAUGCUCUAGUAAUUUCCCGCAUGGAUUACUGUAACCCUCUCCUGAUUGGUCUCCCCAAAAGCCGUAUUGCCCCGCUACAGUCUGUCAUGAAUGCUGCAGCUAGACUGAUUUUCCUCUCUAGUCGGUCCUCUCACACCUCACCCCUCUGCCAGUCCUUACAUUGGCUCCCUGUAUGCUAUAGGAGUCAAUUCAAAGUGCUAACCCACACAUUUAAAGCACUGAACAAUUCUAGCCCCACUUAUAUCUCUUCACUAAUCCAUAGAUAUGCCCCUCCUCGUACCCUCCGCUCUGCCCGUGACCACCUCCUCACCGCUGCUCGCACCCGUACGGCCAACUCGCGCUUGCAGGACCUCUCGCGGGUGGCUCCUCUCCUAUGAAUAGCUUGCCUACUGCCAUCAGACUCUCCCCUAGUCUUCAAUCAUUUAAGAAGAGCCUUAAAACCCAUCUCUUCAGGAAAGCUUAUGGCCUCCCAGAGUAAUCUCUACCUUACAUACCUGUCUCCUGCUCUCUCCUAUGGGACAGUGCUUUGCUCUCUCCUCCAGUUCUGCUUCACUCCUACUUGAUAUUUCUUGUCCUAAUGUUUCUAAUACCCCACCUCCUAUAGUCUGUAAGCUCAUUUGAGCAGGGUCCUCUUCAACCUAUUGUUCCUGUAAGUUUUCUUGUAAUUGUCCUAUUUAUUGUUACAUCCCCCCUCUCAAAAUAUUGUAAAGCGCUACAGAAUCUGUUGGCGCUAUAUAAAUGAUGAUGAUGAUGAUGAUGAUUAAUAAUAAUAACUGGAACCUUGGAGCCAGCCCUGAUAUGCUGUCUGAGCAUCCUGUAAAUUACUUUGUUUUCAUGUUUGUGAGAGGAGAAGACAUCAAGAGAGUUCGAGGAAGACAAUGUUGAUGACAAUAAUCAACAUUGUCAAAGCUUCUAUUGUCCUGUAUGACUCCAGGCAAAGUGCCUUGUUUACUGCAAACACUUUAGAUUAGUAUAUGGAUAAGGACCUUCUCACUGAGGUGAUUAUCACAGAUAGGAAAAACGGGUCAUUUUUUUUUGAAUUUGACAAUUUUUAUUGAAAAACGGGUCAUUUUCAAGGCAAUAAUUAACAUAUUCUAAUGUAGUAGGUCUAAAAAAAAAAACAACCUUGUGAUUUAUCUGUAUAAAGUGUACUAAUGAAAUGGGUAAGCUAUAUAUUAUAUUUUAUUUAUUUAUUUUUGUACAUGUACAUUUAUUAGUGUGGCCUUGUGAUAUAUUUUGGUUUUAAUUACCAAUGGGGCGAAUACAUGCCUUUACUUUUAAUUGCCUUUGAUGUUCCUUUUCUCUACUUUAGUUUAUGAUUGGUUUUGUUUUGUCUUUUAAGUCACAAACAUACUUUUACAAAGUUUAUUUUUAUAUAGUUUUUGGAUGUGCCCUUUUUUACAAAGACUACACUAAUAUUACAGUUUAAAGAAAACUCCAGACACACUACAGUGUGUUGUAUUGAUUAUGGUUUCAGACAUUAUCUGGUUCCCACCUAAUAUAUGUAGUCAAAUCAUCUUAGAAUGGUGUGACUUCUUAUUUGGGGUCCACUGGGCACCUCUCCCUGUCUCAGCUACAGCAUAGAGGUGAGCCAGAACCUUUCUAACUGAGCUGCACAGGGCAUAGCUCAUUGGCUGAGAUUGAUUUACCUAAGCAGAAGCUUCUAGCUGUCCUGGUCUUCUUCGGUACCUGCUUCCUGAACAGCGGUUUGUCCUCUUACCUGGUUCUGCCAGGAAGUUGGUCUCCUUUAAAGGGAUAAUAUAAGUGCCAGGAAUACAAAGCUGUAUUCCUGGCACUAGAGCUCCCUCUGCCUCACUCGCCCCCUCUUCCCCCCCACCCCGCCACGUUAAUAACACCUUAUUUACUUACCCUAAGCCAGCACUGAUGUCCCUCAGCGCUGGGUCGUGGCUCCACCUCCUCCGAUUUCCCGUGGCGUGCGGGCAUUAAUACGCAGGUGUGGCAAAUGCUGUGCUUGCAUUAGUCCCCAUAGAAAAGCAUUGAAUCCAUGCUUUCCUAUGGGAAAAAAUCUGACACUGGAUGUUCUCAUGCAGAGCGUGAGAACAUCCAGAGUCCGUUACCGGUCCAUUUGGAUCCAGGAAGCUUUUCCAGUGGCAGUCUGGGAGACCGCUACUGUUGGCAGACUUAGUGCUACAAUAUAAACAUUGCAUUUUCUCUGGAACUGCAAUGUUUAACACAAUUAGCUGAAGUGGUCUGGGUGCCUAUAGUGUCCCUUUAAGACUGGCUAUGGCAUGUAUCCAGGGUCUGCAGAGCAGGAUGCCAAUCCUGCAGGGAAUUCAUUGGUUGAGAACGUCAGCGGACUACUCUCAGCCAAUAAUUGCAAUUCUGUGCAUAGGGAUGAAGGGGUCAUGGUGCCUGGAGUAACACUUUUAUAUUUGCUUUUUGUAUUAUUUGGGGUCAAAUUCAAAAAACUAACACUAAGCUGAGAAGCUUUUAAAAACUUUACCCCACAUACACCCCUUCACCGAUGUCUGCCAUUGUCCUCUGUUUGCAUUCACUGUGGUAAUUCUCUCCUGUAGGAUUUCCUACUAGACAUUCCCCCAAUCUCCUGUCCUGCCAGUACUUAAAAAGUCCUAAUCUCUUUACACUAGCGUAGCAUUGCUCUAAGCAAUUUAAUUCCUUAAACCAGUAUGUUUUGUCUCUCCUGAAAUAAUUAGUGGCUCCACCGACCAUUCCACUCUCUCACCUUUUCACUCUAUGGCUUUCCUCUUUCAUUGGUUUAUGUAGAUACAGGCUUAAUACCUUAUCUUGUACAUUAAAAAUUGUCUGUCCUCGGGUGUACUUAUACCUCUCUUUCUCUCCAUUGUAAGCUUACUAGAAUUACGUAUGGCUCCUGUAAACGUGUUGUUUGUCUCUGUUUACACCUCCAUUAUUAUAAAAUGCUAAAGCACUGCAGAAUGUGUGCUGACCCUAUAUAAAUUCUAACAGUAAUGAUACUGGAGCUUUACACAAAUGAAAUGCAUUUUUUUUUACCCUUGAGGCUGGAGUGACUAAUGCUAGUAAAGGAACACGAUAAUUCAAAAGAGAAGAUGGGGGGAAAAAACUUAAAUAUAUUCAUUCUAACAAGAAAAAAAAAAAACUAGGUUCAUGAGAUGAGAUUGUACGUAAAUCUUACUGUUCCUAUAAUACAGGUAUUCUAAUUUCCUAGUGUACUAGAAUAAAUAAAAUAUAAGGCUAAAAUAAUAAAAUAUCCAAAUCAAAAGAAGGUGCUCCUAUCACCAUAUGUGCGUCACUCAAAACACAUACAAAUAACCAGUAUACAAUAAAAAAUAGGUGAGGGCACACUACAAACAACACUUGUGAUUACCCUUAAUUGAAAGAUAUGCUCCGUACUUAACUCCUGUAUAUAAAAUAUAAGGGGGAACAGCCUGGUGUGUGAAGUACCACAAACUGAUAUUUUCUACGCUUUUAGUCUGAGCCAGCUUAUUUUAAGUGGCUCAUGACCAUGUGAGUGAAACCUUAUUUGUCUUUUAAAUUUUAAGGUUUUUACGUUAUUACCCUACGUGUGUUCUUUUCCUGUUUUUAUAUUUUAUAUACAGGAGUUAACUAAGUACGGAGCAUAUCUUUCAAUUAAGGGUAAUCACAAGUGUUGUUUGUAGUGUGCCCUCACCUAAUUUCCUAGUGUGUUUUUUUCUGAUUCCGCAUCUUUUAAUUGGUUAAAACAUAAAUAUGUAAAUAUAUAUUGGAUAUAUUUUGUUGUCUUUUUAUUUAGAGUGUAUUGAACAAUGGCUGCCUCAUCGUCAUCCUCUUCAGCUGGUGGUGUGAGUGGGAGUUCUGUGACAGGAUCCGGCUUCAGUGUUUCCGAUCUGGCUCCUCCACGUAAAGCACUUUUCACCUGUCCCAAGGCAGCUGGGGAGAUGCUGGAAGGUAAGAACAGCUAGUAUAGUGGUCACAGUCCCAAAAUACAACCAACACAAACCAAUGACCACAUUUGUGUGUCUUUUAAUAUGUAAAUAUGGUGGUAAUGUCUUUGCCUACAACCCAUUUUAGCAAUGUAAUGCAAGCUCCAUCUUUUCUAUGCAAAUUUUGGCAUUGUUAUCUGAAUGUAACUUGUUAGGAUGGCUGUCAGCUGCUUUGGUCAGCCCAGUUCAGAUUUACGCUUGCACAGUUGGAAUGCGUUUGCACUUUCUAAAGGUCCUGGUCACUGGCGUCCCCAAAAGCAGUGCUCCAGAGAGCAAACCAGCUAUUGCAGAACAGGCCCCCAAAAUAGGGACUGUACUGUUGAUUCCGGGACUAGUGAUGUGCACAUGCUUAUUAAAGGAACACUAUUGCGUUAGGAAUUCAAGCCUAUGUUCCUAACGUUAAAGUGUGCCCUGUACCUAAUUUAAUAGGUCUUUCCCUUCAAUCUUGAAAAGAUUAGAAACCUAUUUAAUUAUUGUAAAUCUCUCUUGCCUCUAUUUUGCGCUGGGGAAUCUGAAGACGUUCGACAUCCAACAUCAUUUCACAGGGUAAAACUCUCUGUAAGGGAGCAGGUAGCGACUCCAGUGGCUGUCUAGAAGACAGCUACCUGACUUGGAUUUAAAGGAACGCUAUUGUCAUCAAAAUAACUUUAGCUUAAUGAAACAAUGUUUGUGUAUAGAUCAUACUCCUGCAGUUUCACUGCUAAGUUCUCUGCUGUUUUGGAGUUAAAUCACUUUUGUUACUGUCCAAGUAGCACUAGCCACAUCUUCCCUGGCUGUGACACAACCUGCACUAAAAAAAGUUUUAAUUUUCAAUCAGAUGUUAAAUUGUUCUGUAAGUUUUUAUCUCCUGUACUUUAAUUACAUACAAGAGGCUCUUGCAAGGUCUAGCAAGCUAUUAACAGUGCAGGAGACAAUAAAUUCUAAAUUAAACAUAAUGUGCAAUAAAGGAAGUAUAAAUAUUAGAUGACUCUUUACAGUACGUGUUUAGGAAGACUGUGCAAGUCACAUGCAGGGAAGUGUGCCUAGAGCUGCAUAAACAAAGUGAUUUAAAGGGACUCUUCAGUUCCAGGAAAACGGUAAAAGCUGUAUUGUCACUAUCUAAAAAGCACAUGUGCUCUUUAAAGCACCACUCUACACCACAAAAGCACUUCAGCUUGCUGAAUUGCUUUAUGGGUGAGGAGUAUCAAAGUUUAAAAAAAAGUCUGCACUUUUAUAAAGUAACCAGGGAACACCCCACUGGCUGUCAAUCAAACCGCCAGAGAGUUUUCCUUCCUACUUCCGUCAGCUUCCUUAACGGACGUGGCAGGCACGCUCUUUUUAAGAGUGUCGACCUCAGACCAGCUCUUCCAGAACAGAUAUUCACAUGGGAACAAAUUCAGAGGCUUCUCAAUGAGAAGUCUUUGGUUAUUUCCCUGCGAAGAGACUGAAAGUCUCUUCUGGGGGGGAAAAGGGGAGGGCUAGCUAAGGCUGCAGUUCAUACAAUCUACAGCCUUUGCACAUUCUUGUAACAUAUAUACCUAAUGAAUACAUGCAUGUAAUCAUUGGAAGCAUAUCUACUAAAUAGUGAUUUAUUUAUUUUUUUCUUUUCACCAUUUGGGCAUUAGUGUUCCUUUAAGGCUGCCAUACUUGCAAUGAGAGGCUAACCUUUGCACCUUAGUUGUUUGUGAGAUACUUUUCUUAUCCUGCUCAGCCAGCCUUUUAGCAGCCUUUUUCAUGUUAUAAGCUAGCUGUCCUCUCGCACACUCUACUGAAGGGCUCAAAAUUUCCACUUGCCAUUAGUGAGUGGAAAUUUAGCCUGGCGAGUAGAAAUUCUCCCUGGUGGGUAUGCAAUGGCUUGAAUUGGUGAGUAACGUUUAGUGCCUGGCUAGUGGCAUAGAACUUUAAACUAGAAAUUUAAGUUCUGCUUUAGUGAAUAAUGCUUUCUUAUUUUUUUUUUUUUUAAUUUAUGUUUUCCUUGUACCUUGAGUUCUGGGAGACGAAAAUUUAAAUUAUGUAGCAGACUAUUGGCGUGUCUCUACUGUCCCUAUUCUAACCUAUCAUAUACUAUGUUGUUUGUUUGUUUUUUGUAUUUUAUUAUUUAUACAUGACUGUUUAUUUUAUCAGACUGAUAUUUUUUGAGGUAGUUCUAUUGAUGUAAGCAGAUUUUAUGGUUUAUUUUAUUUAGUAAUUGCUUUAGCAAGGCAAUGCAUUUUUUUUUUCUGUUGGUUGGAUUUAUUUUUGAAUUUUAUGAGCCAUAAAUGGGCCUUGAUCUUUAUAGUGAAAGAAAAACAACACGCAUACACUACUAUAUAAACAAUUGUAAGCAGAGAAAUCCCUGCUGUAAAUAAAUGGGUUCCCUGCAAUAUUUUAUGCACCAAUACUUUAACUCUAAACAGUAAUUCUACAUCUUGACCACAAGCGGGCACUCAAAACUUCUCUAACCAAGUGAUACUGUAUAGGCCCAAGUUGCAAGCUAUGUGCUUUUCAGCACAUUAAAACAUCUGGGAGGCAAAAAUCUAUCCUAUUUUUAUGUUAUUGUUUGUUUGGCAAUAGAAGCCAAAUGUAUGCACCCUCUGACAAUUUAUUUUUUUUGUUCUGUGAUUGGCGUCUACUGCAUCUUUUCCACCACUUGCCCUUCUCGAUCCUGCCCCGUCUAACCUUACCAGAUCUCUCUCCCCUUGUUUUGUGCCUUCCUUAACACACAUCUUCAACUGCUCUCUCUGUCCCCGCUGACCUUAAACAUGACACUGUAGUACCUAUCCUGAAAAAAACAUCUAUUUACCCCUGCUCCCUUUUUCCUCAAAGCUUCUGGAAAGACUUGUCUUUACCGGUGUGUCUCACUUCCUCAAUUCCAACUCUCUCCUUGACCCUCUUCAAUCUGGCUUCCGCCCCCUCCACUCUACUGAGACUGCUCUUAUCAAAGUUACUAACUACCUAAUCGCAGCUAAAUCCAAACGCCACUACUCCGUAUUAAUUCUUCUUGACCUCUCUGCUGCCUUUGACACCGUUGAUCAUGCUCUCCUUCUUCAAACUCUUCAGUCUCUCGGUCUCUGUGACUCUGUCCUCUCGUCGUUUUCCUCUUAUCUCUCCAAAUGCUCAUUCAGUGUCUCCUUUACUAAUGUCCUGUCUCUGUUGGAGUCCCCCAAUGGUCCCCUUCUAUUUUCUCUUUAUACUGCCUCUUUUGGAUUCCACUACUACGUGUACGCUGAUGACACCCAGAUAUAUUUCUCCUCCCCGGACCUUUCCCCUGCCGUCCUGCAACGUGUCACUGCUUGCCUUUCUUCCAUCUCUGACUAGAUGUCCUCCCGCUUUCUGAAACUCAAUCUCUCUAAAACUGAGUUCCUUGUCUUUCCUCCUCCUAAUACUGAUCCUCAUCUUUCAGUCUCUCUUCAAGUUAGUGGUAUCCACAUAAGUCCAUCCUUGCAAGUGCGCUGUCUAGGCGUCAUACUUGACUCUGGCCUCACAUCCAGCAUGUUACUAAAUCCUGUAGAUUCCAUCUUAAAAACAUAGCCCACAUCCGCCCAUUUCUUACACAAGAUGAUACCAAAGAGCUUGUCCAUGCUCUAGUAAUUUCCUGUAUGGAUUAUUGUAAACCUCUCCUAAUUGGUCUUCCCAAAAAAGUAUUGCCCUGCUACAGUCUGUAAUGAAUGCUGCCUCCAGACUGAUUUUCCUCUCCUGUCAGUCCUCUCACACCUCACCCCUUUGUCAGUUCUUACAUUGGCUUUCUGUAUCCUAUUGGAGUCAAUUCAAAAUGCUAACCCAUACCUAUAAAGCAUUGACAGAUCCAUAGGUAUGCCCCUUCUUGGUCUCUCCACUCUGCCCGUGACCACCUCCUGUCCACUACUCGCAUCCAUACGGCCAACUCACUCUUGCAGGACUUCUGGUGGGCGGCUCCCUUCCUAUAGAAUAGCCUGCCUACCGCCAUCUCCCCUAGUCUUCAAUCGUUUAAGAAGUGCCUAAAACCCAUCUCUUUAGGAAAGCUUAUGGACUCCCAGAGUAACCUCUACCUCACAUACCUGUCUCUUGCUCUCCCCUUAAGGGCAGCACUCUACUCUCUCCUCCAGCUCUGCUUCACUCCCACCUUAUUUAAUUGCUAUUUCCUGUCCUAAUGUGUUUUAUACCCCACCUCCUAUAGACUGUAAGCUUGUUUAAACAGGGUCCUCUUCCUGUAAGUUUUCUUCUAAUUGUCCUAUUUAUAGUUAAAUCCCCCCUCUCAUAAUAUUAUAGAGCGCUACGGAAUCUGUUGGCGCUAUAUGAAUGGCGAUAAUAAAAAUGUAUAAUUUUGUUUGAGAGUAGCAUGGUAUCUAAUAUCCUUAAAGCAGAACAGUCACAAUGGUGCUUUAUGCACAGAUCGAUAGCUAACUAAAAGAUAUAAGCUGCUCUUUUUAUUUAGCUGUGUUAUUUAUGUAUUUUAAUUAUCGCCAGUUUCACAUGUGCAUAAGACACUACUGAAAGAAAACAGAGUGUGCAUAUGCACAACAAGAGGACAUAGUCUUAAAUUAGAGGUUCAAAGGUUCAAAAAUAAUUUCAGGAAGUAUUACUUUACUGAGAGGGUAGUGGAUGCAUGGAAUAGCCUUCCAGCUGAAGUGGUAGAGGUUAACACAGUGAGGGAGAUUAGGCAUAAGGCUAUCCUAACUAUAAGAUAAGGCCAGGGAAAGUAUUUUGAAAAUUGUGUAAAUGAGCCAAAUGGUUCUUACCUGUCACAGUCAAUGUUUGUCAUAUGGCAAUUUAUUUUAAAAAAAGACCAUGAGCAGCCCGGGCGUUAUAAGCAACCCCUGAACACUGAAGUGCUGUGGAAUUGUGAUGCUCUUUUGUAUGCUCUGGGGUGUGUUAUUCUUGCUUUCACCAUAUUAUUAACACCGGUUAAUUCUUCAAGUCUUUGCUCGGCUAAGGCAACAAAGAACUUGGGGGUUAUCUGAGCCUUUCAUGAUCAGAAUGACCACGUUCAUGUGUAAGUGAAAUUCACUCCUCUAAACUUCAUGAGGCGUUUUUACAAAAUUGAGAUUUUUUUGGGUGAACUGAAAAUCAAGCUUCCUAAAUUUUAGAUGAGACUGGUUGAAAAAUAUAGAAGGUGUGGAAUAUUUUCAACUCAAAGGUGGCUAUUAUGUCCUAUAUUAGGUUUAUUUGCUAAAAUUGGGAUUUUGGGGAUAAUUUGUAAUGAAAUUGCAAAUAUUACAGAUGAAUAGUUGAACGGGAAACCUUUCAGAGUUGAAUGACUUUACCAGCUCAGGUGUUUUGGUCUGACUGUUAAAGGAACACUAUAGGAUCAGGAACACAAACAUGUAUUUCUGAUCAUAUGGUGUUAAAUACACCAACUUCUCCUCCCACCCCCUGCCCCACACCCUUUUCCCCUAAAUAUAGUAAAAAAUAUAGUCACACUGCCCCAGGAAGCACCUCUAGUAGCCAUCUGAGGAGUGGCCAGUGGAGUUAUCCCUAGGCUGUAAUGUAAACACUGCAUUUUCUCAGGAAAAAAUGUGUUUACUGCAAAAAGCCUCAAGUAAAUGAUUUAUACUCACCAGAAUAAAUACAACUAGAAAAGCUACAAUUUCUGGGGAAAUUGUGUGAAGUGUUCUUGCCUCCACCAGUAGUCUACAACUGGAGUGGGCGGAGUAACUAUUAUUUAUUUAUAUAGCACAUUUAAUUGCAACGUUGUUGCCCAAAGUGCUUCACAGUUACAUUAAACCAUAUAUUUAUAAAAACAUUAGCAGGUAUACAAAAGGCCCUCUCUAUGACAUCACUUGCUGCUGCAGCCUGGCACAGGUCAGAGUAUUUUGGCGGUUGCCAUUUUCAAAUGGUCGUAUUUUAAAAACUAUAAAUCCUACAGCAAAGAGCUUUAUAUUGUGAGAAUCACAAGACCCAGACCUACAUUUUGAUGUAUAGUAUGGAUGUAUUUUAGCUGGCUAGAGUGGAGUUUCAAUGAAUGUCAAUGGACAGCGUGAGUUGCAAACAAAUGGUCAUAUUGUGAGAACGAUCAGGACUAUGGCUUAGCCGUGGACAUUAUUAGUGGCAGCAGGGAUAGCUGAACGUUUUGAUAAAAGAUUUGUGUAGGUGGGCUUGAUUUCUAAACUGCCACCACUCCCUCAUUUCCAUGUCCUUAUUUUUCUGCUUUUGCCAGCUCCCACUCUAGUUUUGAACAUUCAUUCCUAUGGGACCAAUUUCACCACAAGAACGACGAGAUUCCGUGAACCAUUCGGCGAAACGUUCCACAAAGUAAUAGCAAUCCAAUCGGGAACAAUCCGCACAUUUCGGUAUAUUACGGUCUAUGUAGUGUAAAAACUGUGGGAGGAGUUAGGGUGGUAAAUUUGGCUAGAAUAAGAAUAAUAUAUAUGUGAGUUGACAUUAAGUGGUCUUGCUAUGCAAGAACACUUAAGCUGUAGUUGUUCUGGUGACUAUAGUGUCCCUUUAAGUAAACCAACAUUGUGAGAUUUUACAUUUUGGUGCAUUUGCACUAUGAGAGGCUGUGUUAUCCAGGACAAAAACCCCAAUCAAAGCUGUCCAAACAUAGAUCACAGUGGAGUCAGCCCCUCUCAUUUGGGCUGAAAUGCCCUGCAUUGGCCUUCUUUGGCGCUAGCUUGCUUAGUUACAGAUUCAUCUUUUUGAGGUCGCCUUCUUUGUAUUUUGUUCCCAGAAGCAGAAAUUAGAGGAAAAACAGACAGGGUGAAAUGGCUUGAUUGGCCAGGGAAUGUUGGGACAUAUGCAAAUUUAUAGUGAAUACACCACUCUAGUUAUUGGAAUAUUUAGUCACUAUGCUUUUGGGUGUUUUGGAGGCAAACUGGCUAGGAUAACAGUGGAGCUGCUCCUGGGUAAAGUGUUAUACUGGGUGGAAUUAACAGAUCUUUUCCAGCAGUUCCCAUUUUCAUUCUGGGGUGUGUAAAGUUAAAAAGAAAUCUGUUUAUCUAAAGGACUAAAGUGCUACCCAAAGCAAUGUCUGUCAUGACUAUCUACGUUCCCUGGCACAAUAAAAUUCUCCAACACUUUAUGAUAAGGAUUUAAACUAAAUGCUAGAUUUAACUACUGUCACAUAUUUACUCACUUUACCUACUCUGAUUUCCCUAUUUUUCAUUCUAGCAGCUAAUUCCUGGCUGUAUGUAUUGUGUAAUAUGUAUGUUGGCUGUAUGUAUUGUGUGUUUGUUUGUAGUGUGUGGGCAGCCCUUCUUAUUCUCACCCAAGUAAAUUUUUUUGUAAACAUUAUCAGGCUUUAAUAUAUGAAGCACAUGGCCUCAGACCGUGACCUCUGUAAUUGCUCCUCAUGGUUCGAGCACUCAUUGAGUCAAAGUGCAUGCUGGGAGUCUGCAAUGCGCUCUGAUUCAGUAGAGAAUGCCAGAACUGUUGAUUUGAUCAUCUAAUGAGAUUUUUAAAGUGUGCCUAGCCCCAACCACUGUCCUCUCCACACCAGUCCUGCCGCUUGCCCGUGGCAGGGCUAAUCUCCCAAAUAAACUGCCUGUACGAAGCCCAAAACUGCAUGUCCCGGGCGUCAGGCAACAAAAAAUAAUGCUGAAUGUCUGAAACAGCAUUUUUAUUUAUUUAUUUAUUUAUUCCCCCAUUGUCCAAGAAAAAAAUAGCAGGUUUUAAAAUGUAGUGAUUUAGGUGCUCAGUGACCCUCUAAUGGGCACUUUUUUUUUUUUUUUUUUUUAAAUACAUCUUCUCAGUUUUAAUAUGUGACUUUCAGGCUAGCAGCCCCUCACCCCCAGUCUCCAAGCCGUCUAGGUCAAACUUCUAUUAAGAUAGAACAAUCACUGACCACCCUAUUUGAUUUUACACCACAUCUUCAAAGGGUGAUCUACCUAUAUAAAGCAGGUUUCGUUAAUUAACAUUUAAAUGGUAAUUCAAAGCAUUGGGUGGGACUUCUUAGUUUUGAAACAAACCAUUUCCAGAAUUAUUUCAGAUUUAAAUGGCUUCAGGAUACUAUGUUUAAGGGGCCACAAUAUUUCUUGUACUAUAGCUUGUUAAGGAUCAAAGGAGGAGGAGAGUUUUGGGUAUUUUUAAUUACUCCAAGAUUUGUAUAAACUGAUCGUAGGGCAACCAAACGGGCUCCAUAAAUGGAAUUAACAUGCAGGGGAAACCUGCCACACUCGUCUUCUCUUUUAGAAGUUUUCUUACUGGUAUACAGGAGGAUUAGAUAAAUUAUGGGUCACAAUUACUGAUCCUUGUCUGGUGUAUAUUGCUAUUUCCAGCUACUAUACACCCUUGUCUUGUCUUUUUUUUCAAAAUUCUUUAUUUUUGUUUUUUCAAAAGAAUUACAACAGAAUUGACAAUUAGAAAUAACAGGGGAAAAAAUUGUAAUUUGGAAUUGUCACAUAAUGACAGGGUAAAGACAUGUUAUUCUUAUAUUGGCCCUACAAUUAUAUUAAGGUAAGAUCUUGGUUUUUCAAAGCAACCUGAAAGUAUGUGAUAAUUUGAGGUCCAUUAUCCAGGGGCAUUUAACCGGACCCCAGACAUAGACUCAGAGCGAGUGUAGAACAGACCUACAUGUACAGUAAGAGGAAAAGGGGAGGUAUGUGGAUGGAGGGGUCUUGGCCUAUGUAUGGAUAUCUUUGGAAGAAGUCUAUAUCCUGUGGGUAACUGAGACAACCAGAGAUUCCCUAUAGUCCAUAAGUAGAACGUGAGAGGUAGAAAUAAGAAAUAAAAGGAUGGAGGGAAUGUUUCCUUUGUCGGCACUUACAAAGGAUGGUAUGACCCCAAGAGAAUCUGAGCACCUGCAGCCACAGCUCUGACCCCGAAUGGGAGGGGGGAGAGAGUGGGAUGGAGAGAUUAGAGGGGGUAUGGAAGUGAGGCAGGCAUUAUCCACAGUGUCUAGUCCUCAACCAAUUAAUUUAGAAUUACCAAGGGAAGGAGGUGUAUCUGACUAGCCAAGGGUCCCAGAUUUUAUGGAACAAUUUAGGGCAGUCAUGUACUUGUGAAGUUAGUCUAUCUUUUUUGAUUAUGGAACCAAAAUAUACAUUUCUCAGAAACUCCCACACAAGUACCCGUGAUUUAUAGACUCUCUAAACAUGUUGUGUCUACGUGUUUUCUAGUAAUACUUUUGUAGUACACAUGCCCUGUGAUGCGUCACCUACUGCUGGCCUUUAAUUGGGAAUCCUCCUUGCUAUCUGCGUAUCCCACGGUCAACCUGUUUCUUUGCUUUGGUGUCUCUCUCCUGAAUUCUCUCAUUUUAACCAUCUCCUCCUCCUUCCCUUGAUUGUUUUCUCCUUUCACUUUCCAGUUUCGCAUCUAUAGAAACAGUUUACAAAACACACAGCGCCUGCUGGGCCAUUCUAAGACCGUGCUACACGCAUUUUAGGACUAAUUACAUUGGAAAUCGCUAAAUUAGUUAACCUUCCAUCUUCAUUGUAACUUAAUCAACAAUGGCUGUGACUGAGAGAAAAUGCUCACCAUUGCAUUACCAACCACCUCCAUACAUCACCAACACCAGUACAAACACUUUAUUGGUAGGAGGGUAACAGGAUUUUUUUUAUCCCAGCUUUUCCAAGUUUUGGAUGGUGCCCUGUGUGGCUGCAAAGGUUACAUGUAAAAAAUGUUUUAUAUAAUCUACUCCAGUAUACUCAUUCACUAAACUGCAACUUCAAAACUCACAGAAUGUAAGUUAUUUUAAAAAACGCCUAACCUAGGCAACGAUACUGGGUUUUAGUUACAGUAUAUGAUCAUACAUGUGGCAUAAGCCUGCCAUAACGCUAGUGUACCCCAUUUUUGGACGUUCCCUACCAAAGCAACCUAAUAGGGCCCUGGAAUGAGGCACCUGUGACAGGGUAAGGUGCAAAUAAGUGUCUAUGUGUGUGUGUUCUAUAAUUGGCAGUCUGUCCUGCCAAUUAUGAUAUGUGUGUAUCAAUGAGUAUAUCCAAUGUGUCUCAGUGCACCAUGGAUAACCAUUAAUCAUAUCUGCAUCACUCUAUACUACAUGGAUCACCAUGUAAACCCAAUACACGGCCCAUUGGAUUAGUCUGUAAAGCUAAAAGUACACAGAUAAUAAACAAUUUAGUUUGACUGUGUUGCCAAAUGUUUCAAGUUGUGCCAACAGACUGGGAUUUAUCACUUUAAAUGAAAUUUUCAUUUUUAUAAAACUUGCGUCUUACGUGGUAAACCUCUGGUUUUUAAUGCCGAAACUUCCCAUGAUCAGUAAUUAUGGCACACGGGCUUCAGGAGCAUGAAAUUUGAACUGUGCAUGUCAUAAUAAAGUUUGCUUUUAUUGCAAUAAAAUAAACAUAUUUGUGUUGGGCGAUGUCUCACUAAUAUAACAGUACCCCCAAUGUAUACAUUUUAUAGGGUUUUGGAAAGUUACAGGGUCAAAUAAAGAGCUUGUCACACCGAAAUUUGCCAGAUUGGUUUGCUAGGCCUAUGUUGCCUUUGAGACUGUAUGGCAGCCCAAUAAUGAGAAAUACCACCAUCUUGGCAUGCCAUUUGCAAAAAUAGGCAACCUAGGGUAUUCACAACCUUGGUCAAAGUUAGUGUUCAUACUUUAUUUUUAUUUUUUUUGCACACAAAAACUGAUACUCAUAUUUGUGUUCAGCAACGUCUCUACAUCUACAACAGUACCCUCUAUGUACAAGUUUUAUAGGGUUUUGGAAAGUUACAGGGUCAAAUAAAGAGCGUGCUAAUUAAAUUAUCUGGACGUUCUGCCUGGAUAUAUAUAUAUAUUACAUGCAAAACCGAAUAUUACGUUUGUUUAUUCCAACUGUGACGGUCAUCCUGCAGCCAAAAUGUCAAUAGAUUGACUGCAGAGGGACUGCAUCUGUUGUUAUACAGUCUUACAGAUCACGAUCACUGCAGAGGGUAAGUAGGCUGGGUGCCGGUAGGGCCCAAUCGUUAGGGCAUACUAUACCACCCUAACAGCAUUAAACAGCAAGAUUCUGCAGUACCAGGAAAACGGAUUUGUUUCCCUGGCACUGGAGAGUCCCUUUAAUGCAUUAAAGCCUAAAGUGUUCCUUUAAGGGAACACUUCAAGCUGGAUGCAAUGGAUGGCACCAAGUGGACCUUAAGUACCAAACCGUUUGACUGCUUACAUUGGGUAUUGGGGGUACCUGGGCAUCAUAACCACUGCAGUGUGCUUUGGCCCCACUUGCCCCCAAUAAAAAGGUUCAAAACUUAUCUUCCUGCGCCGCUAUGGCCUACUGCGGUUGGCUCCACCCCCACUCUGACUCUUUGGCUGUGGUCAUCAUUGAAAUUGAUUGCCAAUCCAGUGCUUUUCCAUAUGUCACUAAAGGUAAAACACUUCGCUGUGCAAGUCAGCAUCUCUGACCCAGAAAGGACCUCUAGUGGCCAUCUGUGUGAUCUAGGCUGUGUUUACAUUAAAAUGUCUGUGGGACAUGCUAUGCUCACCAGAACAACUACAUUAAGCUGUAGUUGUUCUGGUGACUAUAGUGUCCCUUUUACAAUUCUACACAAGCCCACAACAUAUUGUUAAAGUUCACGUGAGACUGACUUGCCAAAACACCAAACAGGGACCAACUACCUGGUAAAUCUUAUGUUAGUGCUGAGUGCUAUUACCUGGAUUAAAACAUAUCAGUAAGUACGUUAAAGUGAUUCACCAGUUUCCCUGUCACUAGAGAAUCCGGGAGUGCCCCCAUCCCAUGUCGCUGAGGGGUUCAAAAGUCCGUUCCAAAUCCAGAAGUGCCCCCAGUGGCUGUCUGUUAGACAGCCACAGAGGGCAGACUUAGAACUGCAAUGUAAACAUUGCUGUUUCUAUGAAACUGCAGUUUUAACAUUGCAGCACUAAGUGCAAAAGGGACACAGCACCCAGACUACUUCAAUUAGCUGAAGUGGUCUGGGUGCCUACAGUGCCCCUUUAAGGUCAAUGUUAUGAAUCCAGAGUAUUAUCCGCCUUAUUCAGUAAAUAUUAACCCCUUCUUGACCGAAGACUGAGAUUUUCCGUCAAGCUUGUCCGUGCGUUAAGGAACGUUGACAGAAAAUCUCCGUCAUUUACUAACGUUAACGCCAGAUCGCGGCGAUCGUGGGGUUAACAUUUCAUGCAGCUAUUCUUGGGGGAUGAUAUUUUACGGGAUAUAGUCACCAAGACCAACCUUUAUGCUGUGCAGUACCUGACACUUAAUGAUCAGAGUCUCAUCGCCAGGCAAGGGAGUUGGUACCCCACCAGUGUGCCAAAAUAAAAAAAAAAAUUGGGCACUAACAAUGCUAAUGGGCAUUAUUAAAAAAAAAACAGCAUCAGGAUGUACUGGUCCAAAAAUCCUGUAUGCAUCACCCCUAUUUACUCCCAGACCAUGAACAGGUUCAGAAACAAUGCUUCGCUUUUUACACUUCAGCGACAAUUCGAAGUGCCCCCCAAGAGAUAAUCCUCAAUACGAUAAUCUCUAUAAGAUUCGCCCCCUUAUUUCCCACUUCAACAGACAGUUUGGCUUAAUGUACACCACACAAAAAAAUGUGUGUAGAUGAGUCUCUAAUGAAAUACAAGGGCAGACUGGGGUUUAAACCGUAUAUCCCAGCCAAAAGAUCCCGGUGUGGGAUAAAGUUGUAUAAACUUUUGUGAAAGUGCCAGUGGUUUUGUUUACACCUUCCGUGUUUACGAAGGUAAAGACAGCCACUUGGUUGCCCGGAUAUCAUUGGGACGAGUGGAAAAAUCGUAUGGGAUUUAAUUAACCCAUUGCUAAAUAAGGGAUAUCAUUUAUUUAUAGACAAUUACUAUAAUAGCAUCCCUCUUCUUCGGAUGCUUUACUGCUUUGAAACUGUGGCCUGCGGCACUAUCCGAAAGACACGUGUCGGUUUCCCAAAAGCCCUGGCACAAAAAAAGCUCAAGAGGGGGGAAACGGCUGCUCUCUGCCAGGACGAACUGCUGGCUCUCAAACUCAAAGUUAAGAAGGAGGUUUUCAUGCUAACAUCUAUGCAUACUGAGCACACUCGAAGAGUCGCAGUUCGUAGCAGACAAGAAAUUAGACGGGUGCCAGUCUGCAUUAGGCAGUAUAACAAGCACAUGGGGGGAGUUAACCUGUCCGACCUACUGCUUCAACCCUAUUUAAUACUGAGGAAGACCCGGGCAUGGUACAAAAAGCUUGGCAUUUACCUUCUGCAAAUGGCGACUCACAAUGCCUUUAUUCUGUACAAAAAGGCAAAUGCUGACAUUAAAUCCACAUUUCUGGAUUUCCAGUUUCAGCUUAUUUCUGGGCUGCUCAGUGAAUGCCACAGUGGGGAACCAUCAGCUGGGCCUAGCAGCAGAAGGGUUGAGACAGGUCACUUCUGUUUCCGGAUACCACCAACCCCCAAAAGGAAGACAACCCAGAAAAGGUGCAGAUUGUGCUACCAGAGGAGCAUAAGGACGGAAACCAGCUUUUAUUGCCCCUUUCAGCCCGGCCUUAGUAUUGGCAACUGUUUUAAAGUUUUUCACACCCAGGGAGAAUAAGUUGCACAUUAUGUAUAUGUAUAUAGGUGUGUGUAUGUGUGUGUGUGUAUGUAUGUGUAUAUAUAUAUAUAUAUAUAUAUAUAUAUAUAUAUAUAUAUAUAUAUAUAUAUAUAUAUAUAUAUAUAUAUAUAUAUAUAUAUAAUACAAAACCAGGAUGCACUCACAGGUCUUCAUUGAAGUGAAAAAAGGGUCUUUUAUUAAUCCAUUAGAGUUAAAGUUCUUGUAAAAAGUAAAAAAUGCUUAGGAAGUUAUGAAUUCUAUUAGCAGACAGAGUUGACCGGCAGUGCCCCAGAGUUUGAUGCAGGUCAAUACGGUGAUUAAUACCUUAUUUAAAAAAUGGUAGGCCUUUGUGGCGUAGUCAAAAUUAAAAGUUUGAAAAAAACUGAUAUGGCUUAGUCUCCAAUGUGCCCCUUCAACAUCCACAUAUCCCUGAAUAGGUACACAUGGGGGUAUUGUUGUACUAAGACGACAUAGCUGAGCAACAUAAUAGGUGUUAGCACACAUAAGGAUUGCAAAAUAUACACAGUAACAUUUCCAAGUGUGUGUCAAAAAGGCAGAAAAAAUGCUAAUUGCUACUAGACUUGGUACAAACUAGCAAAAAAAUUAUCCUACGCUAGGGUUUAAAAUAUGCCAUUUGAAAUACCCUGGAGUGUCUACUUUUACAAAUGGUAGGCCGUUGUGGGGGGUUUUCGAACCGUCAAACUGCUAUAAUGUCCCAAAUUGAAACCUAGGGCCAUCAAAUCCGUCUCUCAUUCUACUGUAAAUACCGAAAUGGACAGGUCUCCUAUAUGGCAUUGUAGCUUCACGAAAUAGUGCCAAAGACCUACAAUGGAGGUAUCAUUUUACUCAGAAGACUUAGCUGAGCAUAAUUUUGGGGCUUUGAUCAUAGUUCCACAUGUCAAAUAUACAAAAUGCCCAGCAAAAAGUAAUGCAGUUGUAAAAAAAUGCCCCAAAUUAUUUUUUACCACAAACUUUGACAUACAUUGGUGAAAAUAUGGGGGCAUGUUAAGGCACAAUAUGCACCAUAUGAGACCCUGGAGUGUCUACUUUUACAAAUGGUAGGCCUUUGUAGGGGUUUUUCCAACAGUCAAACUGCUAUAGUGGCCCAAAUUGAAACAUAGGCCCAUCAAAUCCGUCUUUUAAAAUUUUACUGUAAAAUCCUGAAAUGGACAGGUCUCCUAUAUGGCGCUGUAGCUUCACGAAAUAGUGCCAAAGACAUACAAUGGGGGUGUCAUUUUACUCAGAAGACUUAGCUGAGCAUAAUGUUGGGGCUUUGAUCAUGGUGGCACAUGUCAAAUAUACAAAAUGCCCAGCAAAAAAGUAAUGCGGAUGUUAAAAAUGCCCAAAAUAAAUUUUUUUUUUACCACAAACUUUGACAUACAUUGGUGAAAAAAUGGGGGCAUGUUAAGGCACAAUAUGCACCAUAUGAGAUACUCUGGAGUGUCUACUUUUACAAAUGGUAGGCCUUUGUGGUUUUUUUUCCAACAAACUGCUAUAGUGGCCCAAAUUGAAACAUAGGCCCAUCAAAUCCGUCUUUUAAAAUUCUACUGUAAAAUCCUGAAAUGGACAAUUCUCCUAUAUGGCGCUAUAGCUUCACGAAACAGUGCCAAAGACAUACAAUGGGGGUAUCGUUGUACUCAGCAGAUGCAGCUGAACACAAAAUUAGGUUUUCUACAGGAAUAGCACACACUAACUUUACGAAAUACACAUGAGAAGUUCUUUGUUAUAAUUUUGUGUGUCAAAAAAAAAUAAAAAAUUAGUCCAAUAUUUAGCAGGGAUUGGCGGUGCAAUGGCUACGUAAAAAGUGUCAAAAUAAUGUUAAAUAGAUAGCCUGUGAUGUCUACUUUAUAUAAAUAUAUACUUUUGUGUGGCAAUUUUGUUUUCUGUUAUGGCUAUUACGCUUACAAGACAAACAUACCAAAUUCUAAAAUCGCUCCCACAUUAAAAGUUUAUUUUACUCAUUGUGUUUUGUGAGCUGUAAAUAUAUAUUCUGUAAAUCAGAACAACUAAAUCAAUUUAUUUUUAAUUUUUUUCCUUAACCUGCACUAAUAAUGCACACAUUAUUGCAAAAACUGAAGAAAAAACCCCAAUGUUUUUACAUUUUUAGGCAUUUGUUUUGUAUUUUUUUUUAAUAAUAAAUAAGGAUUUAUAUAUGUAUACGUUACAUCAAUUUAAAGCCUUUUUUGUCCUUUAAAAACCGGUAAUAUGUGUCGGUGCAAUAAAAUAGUAAAAUGCAAAUUGCAGUUGACCGCAAACAGCAAAAAAUGUGAAAAUUUCUCGUGUCCUUAAGUGCAAGACAAGCUUUUGAAGCUGUGUCCUUAAGGGGUUAACAAUCCCCUGUGGGUUGAUUUUUAUGUGUACAGAAUAGCAUUCUGGGCACUGUUGCAAUAAAAAAUAUAGAAAGGUGACACGCUGUAAAAAGUACAAUAAGGACUAUUGUUUUGUCCUGGAAAAGACAAUUAUUUGAUGGGGGGAGGGUUAUAGUAAGUGAAAAGGAAUCCUUCAAAAUAAGCAUUAAUUGCAUGUAUAUCAAACACAUCCUUGCCGUUUUUCUGCAUUAUUUGAAUGAAAGGACAAAUUGUUUGUGCUCCAGCUCGGCAGAGUCCAACUCGGACACCAAUCUACCUGUAUUACUAUAUUAUAUCAUUUUAAAAGCUACUUCAGAGGGAUUGCUUAUUGUAUCUGUGGAAAUGAGUGUUUGCCAAUUAUUACUAGAAAUGUUAGGUUCACGGACAAUUGAUGUUUGUUGAAAAGGUUGUAUGUUUUUAUAUUUCAUGGUAUUACUUGAAAUAACUUUUUGAAAUGCAAUAAGUUUUUUUUAUUAUUAUUAUUAUUUAAAAAUAAAAACACUGAGGUUGUUUUAUUAUUUCCUUUUGGAUUUUUGUUUUUUGUACAAUUGUGCAUGGCCACCACUUUUCUGUGGUCAUUUGCCAUUUAUCAUAGCAGGGAAGACAUUUUGCCCAUUUGGUUAUACCCUCCCGAAUCCCCAGGUUGUACAAUAUUAGCAAUGUUCUGGUUGGACUAAGUCUAACCCUGAUGUACCUUUUUUCAUUCUAAAAUCUUGUGAACAUUACAAAAGCAAAUAUAAUCUCACAAAGUUUUAACGUUGCUUUAAUGUGCUAGGAAUUUUCUUUUUAACGAUUUGUUGUUUUGUUUUUUUGGGGGGGUUUAAAAAAGAGGGGGAAAUACAGACUAGAUGCAUAAAGCAAACACGUUUUUUAAGAUCACACAUUUAAUAAACUUGUAGAGUGGGAGGAUGGAGUCCGUGUCUUUUGAGAAGUCUCACAGUGGGAAAAAACCAUGAGAAAUAGGGGAGGGGGGGAUAUAGUCCCAAUAAAACCAAAUGUGGAUAUACAUUCGUGGAUAAUAUUUAAUGGCCCUUUUUCUUCUAUUUAAACUACUGCUCAAAGUCCAAGGAUUCUUGGUGGAGUUUACCAGGUGGAUAACCACUGUUUAUUUAUUUUUUCAGUAGUGCCUGAUUUGUUUAUUGUUUUGUAACUUGUUUUGAUGUUUGUGCUUUUCCAGGUAAAUGCAAAAGUGAAUAGUGUUUCUCAGCGCAAUAUUCUACAUGGAAAUUACUAUAGCAACUACAGUAAAGAUUUACUUGGAACAAAAUAACUAUAAAAUCAGCAGGGGUUAAAACAACAAGCGUAUAUACACAUAGGGGGGUGCCAUUUGUUCUGUAUCUUCAUAUACUCAUUUUGAUUUACUCUUUCUAGUACACAUGCAGAGCUAGAAAUACAAUAUCUCUGAUAUCAACUAAUUAAGGGAAUUUGUCACAAUGCUACAUUCAGUUUUAGGAUUUAGAAAUAAAACUUGUUUUUCUCUUUCAGUUUUAGUCAUAGAUUAGUGGAAAUAUCCUGCUGUGUAUAUUGUAUUCCUAGCACUAAAUGGUCUCCUUUAUUUGCAGAUGGCUCGGAGAGAUUCCUGUGUGAGUCUGUUUUCAGCUAUCAAGUUGCAUCCACUCUAAAGCAGGUGAAGCAUGGUAAGUAGAUAAUGGAAUACAGAUUUGGAUCUAAAAUUACAUUUGGGAAUCAGAUAAACCAAAAGACGGCACACUUUAUUUUUGUAUGUUUUUUUUUUAUUUUGCUCUUGGUUCUUUAUACAAAAACAAUCUAGAAUUAUUUUCAGAGAUUGCUAUGUCCUCUCAUUGCAUAUCCAAAUAUUAAGUUGCCUAAAUUAAAUUUCACAUUUGAGGCCCCAGGAGCUGACUUCUUGCCUAUUGCUCAUUAUCUGGUGUCUGCUUGGGACUUGUCAAUGCUGUGUCUUUGGAAUCAAUUUACAGGUUUAAGAUAUGUUCAGUCCAGAAAAGUGUGGUUAGAUAAGUAACAGCAUUUUACUUGGUGGCUUUUGGCUGCAAAUUCUCUUCUCUACUUCUAAACAAAGUAUGAGUGAUACAGAGAAUUCUUACAGCCUCCACCCAAACAUGGAUAUUUUCCUGUUUGGCACCUAAUUAGUUUAUAUUAUUUGAAACUAGACAACAUUUAUCUAGGCUCAUUAUAAUAGCACAUUUUGCUCCGAUAUGAACUUCCCAUUCUACCUCCUUUUUUACAAAAUGUCUCAUUUAUAUAAAUUUAUGAAAUUGCGGUUCAAAUGUCACUCCAUGCUGGUGAUGCUCACAUGUCAAGUUCCUGUACUUGCUCAAAUCCUCAGCCUUUGUAGAUUCUGUAGUCCUCUUUAACAGAAUCCGGAAAUGAUUUAUUCAAUCAUGAUGCUCACUUAAUAUUUUAUAGUAUAGCAGAGAUUUUCCCAUAAUCAGGUUUAUGGACAUGUCCGCUAUUUCUGAGAAUUGGAGUUAAAGGACCACUAUAGUGCCAGGAAAACAUACUCGUUUUCCUGGCACUAUAAUGCCCUGAGGGUGCCCCCACCCUCAGGGACCCCCUCCUCUUCGGCUGAAUGCGCAUGCGCAGCAGGAGCUGCGCGCGCAUUCAGCCGGUCUCAUAGGAAAGCAUUGUAAAUGCUUUCCUAUGGACGCUGGCGAAGCACGCAGAUGCCUCUAGCAGCUGUCAAUGAGACAGCCACUAGAGGCUUUAGAGGCUGGAUUAACCUAUUUAUAAACAUAGCAGUUUCUCUGAAACCCCUAUGUUUAUAAAAAAAAAAAAAAAAGGGGGUUAACUAGAUGGGCCGAAUGGUUCUUAUCUGCCGUCACAUUCUAUGUUUCUAAUCCUAGAGGGACCUGGCACCCAGACCACUUCAUUAAGCUGAAGUGGUCUGGGUGCCUAGAGUGGUCCUUUAAGAUUUCAGUUUUCUGAUAUAUAUAUAUAUAUAUAUCUAUAUCUAUAUAUAUAUCUAUCUAUCUAUCUAUCUAGAAACUGAACUACAAUCCCCACAAACCUUAUGUCAUCAUGUGAAGAAAUGUUUUGGGAUUUGGAGGGAAGGGCUGAAAUGGUACAAUUAUGGUGAAGGGGAAAAAAAACAUCCAGCGAUGUAAUGUAUACUAUACGUCGCACCCAGGGCCAGUGCAAGGAUUUUUGGCUACACAGGCGAAGAUGCAUUUUGCAAACAAAAACAUGCAUCUUUAGCUGUGUCACUUUACUCCUCCUCUUGAAUUUCUUACCCACUUAUGUUUCUCAUACUCCUCUUUUGAAUGUAUUUUCCCCUUCUGUGUAUAUCACCCCCUUAGUGUAUCAUAUUUCCCUCUUGUGUGUGCCUCCCCCCUCCCAGACCCUCUGUGUGAGUGUCCCUUUUCCCUCCCAGACCCUCUGUGUGAGUGUCCCUUUUCCCUCCCAGACCCUCUGUGUGAGUGUCCCUUUCCCCUCCCAGACCCUCUGUGUGAGUGUCCCUUUCCCCUCCCAGACCCUCUGUGUGAGUGUCCCUUUCCCCUCCCAGACCCUCUGUGUGAGUGUCCCUUUCCCCUCCCAGACCCUCUGUGUGAGUGUCCCUUUCCCCUCCCAGACCCUCUGUGUGAGUGUCCCUUUCCCCUCCCAGACCCUCUGUGUGAGACCCUGUCCCUUUCCCCUCCCAGACCCUCUGUGUGAGUGUCCCUUUCCCCUCCCAGACCCUCUGUGUGAGUGUCCCUUUCCCCUCCCAGACCCUCUGUGUGAGUGUCCCUUCCCCCUCCCAGACCCUCUGUGUGAGGUGUCCCUUUCCCCUCCCAGACCCUCUGUGGGAGUGUCCCUUUUCCUCCCAGACCCUCUGUGUGAGUGUCCUUCCCAGACCCUCUGUGUGAGUGUCCCUUUCCCCCACCCCUCUGUGUGAGUGUCCUUUCCCCUCCCAGACCCUCUGUGUGAGUGUCCUUUCUCCCCUCCCAGACCUCUGUGUGAGUGUCCCUUUCCCUCCCAGACCCUCUGUGUGGUGUCCCAGACCUCUGUGUGGUGUCCCUUUCCCCUCCCAGACCCUCUGUGUGAGUGUCCCUUUCCCCUCCCAGACCCUCUGUGUGAGUGUCCCUUUCCCCUCCCAGACCCCUCCCUGUGUGUGGUGUCCUUUCCCUCCCAGACCCUCUGUGUGAGUGUCCCUUUCCCCUCCCAGACCCUCCUUGUGACCUCUGUGUGAGUGUCCUUUCCUCCCAGACCCCUCUGUGUGUGUGUGUCCCUUUCCUCCCAGACCCUCUGUGUGUGUGUGUGUGUGUGUCCCUUUCCUCCCAGACCCUCUGUGUGUGUGUGUGUGUGUGUCCUUCCCUCCCAGACCCUCUGUGUGUGUGUGUGUGUGUGUGUCCCAUCCCCCUCCCAGACCCUGUGUGUGUGUGUGUCCCUUCCUCCUCCCAGACCCUCUGUUUGUGUGUGUCCCUUCCUCCUCCCAGACCCUCUGUUUGUGUGUGUCCCUUCCCUCUCCCAGACCCUGUGUGUGUGAGAGUCCCUUCCCCCUCCCAGAUCCUGUGUGUGUUUGUGUCCGUCCCUUCUCCCUCCCAGACCCUCUGGCUAUGUGUGUCCCUUCCCCCUCCCAGACCCUGUGUGUGUGUGUGUGUGUGUGUCUUUCCCCCAUGUGUCUUUUUCCCAUUUAUCUCCCACCACGGUCCCUUUGUAGUCUGUUCAACCCUUUCUCAUCCCCCCCCUUUUGUGGUAUCCGUCCUUUUCUAAUCUCUCCCCUCCUGCUCACCUGCCUUUUUGUUUUUGUAGUGUGGCUGGACUGUGGACACACUUAACAUUGUGUGUGAAAACUAUGUCCUAUUUUGUAAAUUGAGAAAACAAAAUGCAGAUUUUGAUGAUAAUUGGCACUUUUAUGAAUGUAUGUUGUUAAAGGAAAACUAUAGUGUUCGGAAGGCAAAGCUGGUUCCUCUGGUCGUCGUUUCCCCCUCCCCCCUCCAAUUAGCACAUAUAGGAUUAAAAAAGACCUUUAUUCACUUACCCGAUUAAAGCACAAUUCAGGGCCGUUAGAAUGAAUUUAGGGGCCCCAAGCAAAAUGGACAUGGAUUCCCCAAUCCAGGCCAGCUCAGGAUUGGUUUGCUUGCCUUGUCGCAACGGACCUGGCACCAAUAUCCCUCAGUGCUGAGUUGCAGUCCGUCUCCGAUAUCCUACGAUGUGAGGAGCCACGACGGGUGAUGCACAUGCACGCGCAUUAGGACUUCAUCAUAGGAAAGCAUUGCCUCACUUCUUUCCUAUGGGGGAUUUCUCUGACUCUGGAUGCCCUCAUGCAAGGCAAUCUUAGUACUGCAUUAUAAUCAUUGCAUCUUCUCAAAAACUGCAAUGUUUUACAUUGCUGGACUAAGGGAGACAGGGACACUGUACGCAGACCACUUCAUUGCCUUCUUAUCCAAUCCAGUGCUACUCAUAAAAGCAUUGGGGCAGGAAGUGCUUGCGAGGGGAGUGCCGUGGACGUAUCCAGUCAAAUGCUUCUCAUAGGGAAACCUGGAAUCUAAUGGAUCCCUCUUAGCGCCAUUUGAUAUACAACAUCCUCCUGUGAUGUGUGAGCACAUUUGACACGAGGAAGCUCCUCUAGUGUCUGUCAGGAAGACGACUGCUAGUGGUGUGUUCAGCCUUGCAUUCAGCCAUAUUAUUAAAUGGGGUUCUUUACCAAGACCACUUCAUUGAGAUGAAGUAGUCUGGGUGCCUUUAGUGUCCCUUUAAAUGAAAACAAAUGUCUCCAGUUACAUGUCAGAUUGUGUUAAUCAAAUCUGGGUAGACACACGCAUUAUAUUAUGUGCUAAAAUGUAGCAACACAAAACUUUGUUGGAUUUAUCUAACAGAAUGAGAUAAAAUUGACACUUCACAGACACACACAAAAUGUAAAUUUCAUUGAAAGGCAACUUGUGGAGAAAAAACAAAUUGCCAGCACUUCAAAAGUAUGUUUUUAUGAUCUCUCUCUUUUAACUAGUUUAUAUUCUGUUAAUCCCUAAGAAAUACUGAAGUCUAAAAAUCAUUUAGGGAUUACAUUGGUUUUGCAUUCUUUUAAUAUGUAAAGGAUGCCCUGUCAUUAUUUUUUUUUGGAUCACAGGAUUGUGUACCCAAAAGUGUACGUGAAGCUUUUUGUUGUUGUUGUGUUUUGGGUUAUAAUAAAUAAUCAGGAUAUAAUCCGUCUUUGUACACUGUAACAAUUUUUUAUUUGUAGUUUUGAGCGCACAUAACUAGUCAUUAAAAAUAUAUACAGUGGGUGUAAAAUCUUUUCUGAUGUCCAUCCUGCUGCAAACUUUAAGAUUCCUUUACAUACCUCUGUCUUUCAGUCAACUGUUGCUGACUAGUCUACUUCCUUUCAUCUAGAUCUGUUCUGUCUCACAGCCUCCUCUCUCUAUUCAUUUUUUUAUUUUCCUCUCUCUUUUAUCUAUGCUAUCUUUCUUGAAUCUCUUCUCUGGCACUGUACUCCCCAUUACAAGCCAUUAUACUACCUCUGCAUGCCUCUUUUUCCUUUACUUCUGUGUGAAAUUGUGCUUCAAUUUCCUUUCUCAUUCAGUUAAAAAUUGUCCUUUGAACACUGCAUAUGCCAGCUGUAGGUGUAUUUGCCCAUCAGUGGACAAAAACAUGUUUCCAUGGCAACUGUAAACCAAGACCCUUCUAUCCAAUGGAAUUCCAAUAGGCAAAUGCUCACAACAGAAUAGCACAGCCAUCAACAUUCCAGCCAAUGGCAACAGAGAAUGCUAAUGCGGAAUAUAGCACUGUCUCUGUGGCAAUAGUACGCGUGCUUCAAUAGCAAUAAGUCAAUGUGUCCCAACUACAUACAUGAAAGGGAGAAGAGCAUAGAAGCCAGUGGAAAAUUGGAGGUGUCUGAAGUGGACAGUGUGAUUUGAGGUGAGCGGGCAAAUAGAGUUUAGUGCACAAAUCAAGAACAGCACAAAACAGUAUGGCAUAACAUUCUUCUUGUAUGUUUAUCUUAAGAGCUAUAUAAUUUGCAAUUUAUGUAUCACUCCAGCUCUCUUGCUCCCAUGUACACUAACCUCUUCAAGACUCCCUGAGCUUGAGUCUUUAUUACUGGAUUCCUCGGUUAUAUCUGUGACACCAGAGUAAUCCAAAAAGAAAGGUCCAGCAUUCCACAGUAUGUGAUUGCAAAAAAAAGCAGCAACAUAAAUUAUAAACACACGCAGGGUAUGCACUUUUGUAAAUUUUUUAAAUUUUUUUUAUCCUCUUUCUUUCGAAUGGGUGUUGGCAAUUUUGUACAUCUUUUCUUCAGAUUUAUGUGGCCUUUCUGUAUAUUUAUAUAUUUACACGCAAUUGUACACAUUCUGAUCAAAACAAAAUGUAAACAAAAUCUUGAAUUUGCGCUAAAUGUCUGUUCAACAUUAAAUCACCCUUCAUAUUAUAUGCACCCACACUUAUUUUGUUCAAUAGAAGCCGGGCUUUCAUUUCACAUUAACUAUUCAGAUAUGAAAUCUAAUUUAAUAUGAAUACGAUCUAAAAAUGUGUGAGAAAUUAAUACAUUUUAUUUUCUUAGUUCUGUCAGGCAUUCUAACCGUGAAGGUCAUAAUACUGUUAGCUUUUACAAAAAUAAAAUAAAUGUAUUUGUGUUCAGUGAUGUCUCAUGAGUACAACAGUACCCACCAUGUCCAGGUUUUAUGGUGUUUUGGAAAGUUGCAGCAUCGAAUGUAAGGCUUUCCCCUGUCCGGUAUUUGCAUAUUGAAAUUUGCCAGAUUGGUUAUGUUGCCUUUAAGACCGGAUGGCAGCCCAGGAAUGAGAAUUACCCCCAUCAUGAUAUACCAUUUGAAAAAGUAGACAACUCAGGUUAUUCAAAAUGGGGUAUGUACUUUAUUUUUUAUUUUUUUAGUAGCUAAUUCAUCACAAACCCUAGCCAAAGUUUGCGUUCAUAUUUGUUUUUUUUUGCAUUUUUACACAAAAACUGCACUUUCACUGAUGAUACUAUCGUUUUACCAUUUCAAAACACUCACAUUUGUGUUUAGUGAAAUCUGACGAGUAAAACAGUCCCCACCCCCCACAUGUACAGGAUUUAUGGUGUUUAGGAAAGUUACAGGGUUAAAUAUAGGGCUUGCAAAUUUAAUUCCCUGGACUUUCCACCUGGGUUGUCAGGCAUGUCCCUGAAAUUGUAAUUAGUAAAAUCACAUAAUUACGUGAAAAGGUUACAUAAACAUACAGAUGGGAUGGGUAAAAGCUUAAAGGCAUUGGAAAUGUCUGUUUUCCCCAACCAAGCACCAAGCACCAACCACUGCCUUCAGUAUGGCAUGAAUAACAUUGUCCACUGUUGCGUAGUGCAAGGAAAACUCUUCAGAGGGAAUCUGUGAAUGUAGGCAAUAAAUAUGGAGCCGAUGAAUCGCUAAUUUGAUGGGUUUUUUUUGUUAGAUUUCCGUGUGGCUAUACCUAUAGGGUUGGUACGCCAGCACGAGAAAGGUGGAUGUGAGAAAGGGCCUAUGAUGAAUCCGUUGUCCAACUCUUUCUUAAAUAAUUGUCAGUGUUGAGGGGGUCAAGUAGAGCGGACUGUAGGUUUUGACACUCGUGAAUACCAGUGGGGAGUGUUAUUAGGCCAGUAUUGAAACAGUCUGUGUAACCUUGAACCAAAAAGUCUACUAAGUGACAUGAUGGGUGUGUUUUGAGAUAAUGCGCCAAGUUGUCAAUGCAAAUGUGAUGAACUGGACCUCGUCACGGGUUCUUGGAGGGGCAUAUUUGCCAGCCUCUUACCCUGUGACUGUGGCCCCUGUGAUAAAACUUGGUUUAAAUCCCUAUUUGUGCCUGUUGGGACUUAUAACAGGAUCCAUUCGAACUUUCGAAGUGGCACUUCGAACUCCCGAAGCCAUUCGAAGGGCACUUCGACCACGUGGUGGCGGCCAUCUUGUUCGCAUGGUCUUAAACCGCAAAUAGACUUCAGGGGGACUUAGCCGCGAAUGCCCUUGAACGAAUUUCGUCAUGAAAACCUUGCGGUUCCCAGUCGUUCCUCCAGCGGCACUUAGCCGCGAUUCUAUGGAACUAUUUUCGACUAUGGGACAAUGCCUGCGGUCGGUAAAACCUAUGACUACCAUAAAAUUUCUGAACCCCUGAACUGAUCAGGGUGAUUUUUGGAUAUGUUGGUCACCCAGAUCAGGGCUAUCAAGGAAUGUAACUUUUAUGGGGAUGUUAUGUGUGUUUUUUAAGGUAUUUUGGGGGUUUUGUAAAAAUGUGUGUUUUGGAGAUGAUUGAGUUUAGUAUCUGCAAUUGUAUUUUUGGUCAUGUGUCCAGCAUUUAAGUGUUUAGUGGAGAAGCAUUGAAUAUUGUAAACUGUACUCCAUCAUCUGAAAUGGAGGUUUAGGAAAUACAGUUCUAUCAAGAACCUCUGUUUCUAGUUAUAUAAAGUUGAAUUGUAACAUUAUUUAGAUUGUCCAGGGGCAACCAGUACACAUCACUACACCUCGGUGCUUGCCCUGCAAGAACAGAGCGGCAGAUUUCAAAAACCGCUUCUAUAUAUGGAAGCACUUUCUGCAGUCCCACCUCCUCCAUUGCACCCAGGAUUUGCUGUUGCAUAACUUAUAACAAAUAUGGGGACCCAGAAUUCUAACACAGGUUGCAGCCUGGAGAUUUGAUUGCCCACCCAUCCACCCCCUUUGUAAGGAGUAGAAUAGUUUUUGAACGCUGCUAUCUGACCCCACUACCAUCUCUGAAGCAUUACUAAGUAUAGGCUGAAAGCAUCAGCUGAUCAUCCUCAGCCGAUAAGAUAAGUCCUGCAUUGGAUUCAGGGCUUAGCUCAAGGGACGGUGCUCUCAGGCAAUGGUUAUGAAGGCCAGGGGCAGUGGCCAGCAGAUGCCAGGUAAGAAGUCAAGCCAUUUGAAAAUAGUUUGACUACUUAAAAUGCGGGACUAAGUUGAAAUGGGACCUUACAAUCGGGUCUGUCCAACCAAAAUCAGAACGGUUGAGAGUCCUGCACUAGAACAAGCUUUAGUUGUUAUGGUGCUUGGGAUGUAAAUUUAAAGCUGUUGUUAUCUAUGCAUGUAGCCUCUUUAUCAAGCACGAUUUGUUUUGGUUUUCUUUUCCAUCAAGUCAAGGCUCUGCCAAGAGCGUUGUGCAUUGACAAAGGGCAGCUGCUCAAAACAUUUGCCCACUGCCAUACUCUUUAAAAAAAAAAAAAAAAAUAUAUAUAUAUAUAUAUAUAUAUAUAUAUAUAUUUAUUUUAUUUUUUAUUUUUUUUAAUUUUUUUUGCUUUGCACAGGAAAACCAUCUGUACUUCAGUGCUUUUUUUUUUUUAAUAUAUAAAGCCUCGGUUCACAGGAUGGAUUAUUUCAAGUUGGAGAUAAGCUUCUGAAGCUGUCAUUUUGCCAUAUUGCAAUUCCACUAAUGUCAUGGAGAGGCCUAAUGGUUUAUAUCCUUUGAAGAAGUCCUGUGGGGAAUACAUUGACACUUACGACAGGGCUCGGCAAAUCCCAGGUCGCCAUGGCGACUAAAAAUUUUGCCCUGGCACCUUGAAUUUGUCAGCUUUUUAUCUAAAACGCCCAGCUGGGCAAAUAAUGGAGCCGGCCGUCCACCCACGGGAGCAUGUAGACGGCCGCCCUGGGCUUUAUGGAGGUGUCCGGCUCAGUGGAGUAUCAAGGAGGUCGGCUGGAGCAGCGUGCGAGGGAGCAGUGUUCUUCCAGAGGUCCAUCUCUGCUCCCUUGCGCUGUUUAAUGGUGCCGGAAUAUCAUAUCAUUCCGGUCCCAGCAGAACAGGGAGCAGAGAGGAGCUGCAUGGAAGAUUACUGCUUCCUCUCACACAGGAAGAGAGAGCAGCCCCACUGGACCCCAGGCAACAUCCACUCAGCACUCCCAACAGUAGGGAGGCUGGGUGGAUUAAAAUAAAAUAAAAAAAUGUAAAUUUGUGAGUGUUUGUGAAAGUGUGUGUGUGUAAACCUGUCAGUGUGUGUGUGUUUUGCCGUGGCCUGUCCCGCCUCCAUAGCCGAGUUCAUCUAUCUUAAUUAUCUCAGCUAAGCCAAUGCUUUCACAUAGGAAAGCAUUGGGAGGAUAUUGCGUAUGUUCUGAAUGGGUAACAUUCAGCGCAUCCAUGCAGAGCACUGACACAGGACUCUCUAGUGGCCAUCUAAGUGACAGCCCCUAGAGGUCUUAGUAGGCAGCAAUGUAAAUACUGCCUUUUCUCUGAAAAUGCAGCAUUUACAUUGAAAAGGCUACAGGGACAGGCUAUAGGCACCAGAACCACUGCAUUAAGCUGUAGUGGUUCUGGUGACUAUAGUGCCCCUUUAAAAAAAAAUAAAAAAAUUUAAAUGGCUCCUAACUUUUUUAGCUGGCUGCUAUAUUCCAAACAAAUUUGUCAAGCCCUGACUUAAGAGUAAACAAAUAUAGAUCGAUUUGAUGAACCGUGAUUUGUUCAUGAUAAAAGAAAACUUUAGGGAUUUUUGGUGAAAAUUAAUGGUUGGAAUACUUUAAUCUAAUUUAUGUCUGGCGUUGGCAUGCCAAGUAUACUGACAGCUGACACUGGUAGUGCAUCCAGUGCUAUUCUAUAAAAAAAAAAAAAAAAAAAAAAUAUUGGAUUGACCGGUCAUGGCAUAAUGGCUAUGUGCCCACAAUAUGAUGGGAAUCUUGUGACUGGGCAAUCAAAAUUGUUGAUCCCCCUAGUAGGAUCAGGCUGCAAUGAGGAGUUUGUUCCAGCGCUGGAAUAAAUGUAAGGGUUAUUUUUAACUUGUUUUUUUUGUAGUAGUAGUAUAGAAGGGCUUAUUUUGUGUUCCGUUAAAUUGUCAGGGUGUGGAAUGGGCAUAAUUAAAGGCAUAAAGUUCACAUGAUUCUUUUAGUAAAGUUGAGUUAUCAAGUACACCUCAUAUUUUCUUCGUCUUGUAGAAGCAUGUAGUGCAAACAUCCAUGUCUUGGAACAUCAUGCAAAAAUACAUGUAUUUAUUUUCUAGAACCAACAAACUAAAUUUAUUCAGGAUUAUAACCGUUAUUAUUUCAUAACUUCAUCUCUCUGAAACUAAUAAAAAUAGUAUUAAGAAGAACUUUGUUGUUCCUGCCAGGAUUAAAAUCUUUAACACAGAGGUUUCUACUACUGAUAAUUAAUUGAGCUUUAUUGCCAACAACAAGAGGAGCCAAUAGAAUGAUUCAUGGCAAAGACAUAAGGUCAUUAUGUAGAAGAGUAUGUAUCAGGACUAAAAUAGCAAGCCCUUGCGCAUGUUGUGCUAAACUGCUUGAACGGCUUUGGGUGGCUGGGGCGCAACCUGUUAUAAUUGCAGUAACAUUUGUUUAGGUCUAAUCUUUUCAGAUCAACAAGUGGCUCGAAUGGAGAAGCUGGCUGGAUUAGUAGAAGAACUGGAAGCAGAUGAAUGGAGAUACACACCUAUAGAACAACUUCUGGGCUUCACUCCUUCAGGAGGAAAGUGAUCAAUCAUAUGCAGUAAUAUCACUUAUUCAGUAUUGUGGCAAGAGUAGGAGCUACGUGAACAUCACAGUAGACGAGAAGUUGCUUGUGGUGGGAAAACUUCGUUAAGUGAGGUAGUGUGUGGAGAAGUCAUGCAACCCAAAUGAAUGGACAUACUUAUUUGCAAAUUCUGUGAUUGUCCUCACAGUGCUUUCACGAGUAACAAUAAAAUACCUUUCUUUGGCAUAUUUAUCAUAAUACUCCUUAUGUUUGUUUACAAAUCAUAAUUGCAUAACAUAGAUUUUGGAAUAUUUAGUUAACAAAUGCCUUGAGUUAGUAGGUCAUCCACCCAGACAUUAAAGGCUCUUGAGCACACUCAGCUGAAGUCCGAAUGGUGCCUGCUACCGUGCACGUCACCCUUUGCCAUGCUUCCUUGUAGUCCUUCUACACGGAGAUUUAGACACCUUGUCAUCAGUAGGGUGCAGGAAGAAUGUGAGGGGGUACAGUUAGGGUGACCUGUGCCAGAGUAACGUUAAAUUAUAGUUCCCUAAUACCACUGACCGUCAGUUGCUCACACCUAACUACCCCUGAAUUUUCUGUCCUAGAGUUACUUGAUAAUGUAUGUAUUGUAAAUGUUGUGUAGAUAGUGAAGAGAUACAUUGUCUUGCUAUUCAUUACAUAGUGAAUAUAACUGCAUAUAUUUUUCUCAACCCUUGUUUUCUGUAAUAUUGUUGCAUUUUAUGAUAACUUUUUACAAUAAAGAUUAAUGGUGUUAUAAAUCAUUGCAA